AGUGGGUGUGGCGACGGCGCUUCUGGUUCGGGGGAGGUCACACGCGCGCCUGGGAUGAAGUGGCGGUUGACGCUCGAGUCCCGCUUCUUGGCGCAUCCCGACUCCCGGGCCUGGUAUGUGGCCUGGAGCCCGAGCGGUACGCUGCUGGCUUCGUGUGGAGGCGAUCGGGCAGUGCGUAUCUGGGCCAGAGAAGGGGCCUCCUGGCUGUGCAAGUGCCUCCUGGAAGAUGGGCACCAGCGGACCGUGCGGAAGGUCUCUUGGUCGCCCUGCGGUACCUACCUGGCUUCGGUCAGCUUCGACGCCACCACCUGCAUCUGGAGGAAGAAGGAGGCCGCAUUUGAGCUUUUGACAACACUGGAAGGACACGAGAAUGAAGUGAAAUCUGUCGCCUGGGCUCCAUCUGGCAAUCUCCUUGCAACUUGCAGCCGGGAUAAAAGUGUAUGGGUUUGGGAAGUGGAUGAAGAUGAUGAUUAUGAGUGUGUAAGUGUACUGAAUGCUCAUACCCAGGAUGUCAAACAUGUAAUUUGGCACCCAAAUGGAGAGCUCCUGGCUUCUGGAAGCUAUGAUAACAGCAUUAAGCUGUAUAAGGAGGAAGAUGAUGACUGGGUCUGUGUUAACACUCUUGAAGGUCAUGAGUCUACAGUUUGGAGCAUCGCAUUUGAUAAAACAGGAGAGCAUUUGGUAUCUUGCAGUGAUGACAAAACUGUUAAAGUCUGGAAAGCAUACAGGCCUGGAAAUGAACAAGGCGUGAUAUGCAGUGGAUCAGAUCCUUCUUGGAAAUGUAUCUGCACUCUAUCUGGCUUCCACAGUCGCCCUAUCUAUGACAUUUCUUGGUGUCACAUGACGGAUGCAAUAGCAACUGCAUGCGGUGAUGAUGCAAUCCGGAUAUUUGAGAAGGACCCUGAUUCGGACCUCCACCAACCCACCUUUUCACUCACGGCUCACAUUCCAAAGGCACACACAGAGGAUGUCAACUGUGUGGCUUGGAACCCCAAGCAGCCAGGGUUGUUGGCAUCCUGCAGUGACGAUGGGGACAUUGCUAUCUGGGUGUACAAGUUCGAAGAUUAGUGCAAGCAUGCAUUCAGAGGUCAGUCUCUUGAUGGAUAUCAGACUGUUUGUCUUGGGGUCUCCAACCACCACCCACCAACCUUCCUCGCGUUUCUGAAGGAGACAGAACAUAAAUUUGUCAGAAAACAUCAGAAUCCAAGAUGGAUGCUUGGAAAUAAUUUCCAUCCUGCUAAAUGGACUCACCUGAGGGAAUAAGGGUGCAAUGACAGGUCCAGUCACCUCCUCCUCUCGCUCCAGUUGCACCAUCACUACGACUGAGGAACCACUGAACAAAAUAGCAUAUUAUCUCAGAUGAGUAUCUGGAAGUUGUAUAACUAUUCCAAUCUCUGUGAUUUCUUUUGUUAGUUGGGGAUGCUCAACUCUCUCAAUUCCAUUGACCCAAUAAAAUAAAGUCUAACUUGC